ACUUGCCUCUGUGCUCAGUUUGAAUCUGUGCUUCAGCAUGGUUUGAAGAGGACCCGGGGAUUAGCCUUAACUGCAGCAGCAAUCAAACAGGCAGCAGGCUUCUCCAGUAAAACUGAAAUGGAGGCUAUUUUCUGGUACUACGUGAAAGAAGUUCUUAAUAAACAUGAGCUACAACGCUUCUACUCCUUGAAGAAUAUCACAACAGAUGUUGGCAGAGGUCGUGCCUGGUUACGCUGUGCACUAAAUGAACAUUCCUUAGAAAGAUACUUUCAUAUGCUGCUUGCAGAUAAAAAUCAGCUUAGUGUCUUCUAUGAAGACUGGUCCUUCAUGAUGGAUGAAGAACGCUCUAGUAUGAUUCCCACUAUGGCAGCUGGAUUGAAUUCUAUUCUAUUUGCAAUCAACAUUGAUAACAAGGAUUUGAAUGGGCAAAGCAAGUGCCCACCCACAGUUUCCGACCUUCUUAAGGAAUCUACACAGAAUGUUACCUCUUUAUUGAAGGAAUCUACCCAAGGGGUUAGCAGUCUCUUCAAGGAGAUCACAGCAUCCUCUCCAGUUUCCAUUUUAAUGAAAUCUGAGCAAGAUGCUGACCCCUUGCCAAUUCUGUCAAAGAGUGUUAGUGGUGAAUUGAAAUACAGGAAAGAGCGAAUAAAGAAGAAGAAGAAAAUCACAAAUAUCAUUUUGUUUGAUGAGGAAGAUGAACAACAUAUAGGGAAUGUAUUAAGGGUAGCAGUUACAGGUGAAAACUCAGAACAAAACUCAGACAGAUCUUUGGCCUACAUGGCUUCUCCUUCUGUAGACUUGGUAAUGAACCUGAAUGGAGACCAGAGAAUGGCUUUGCUGAAAAAUGACUCUGUACACCUAAAUGGAGAAUGUACCUUCCCAAAAUUGGAUGUUAAAAGUAUAGAUGAUGAAGAUGUGGAAGAAAACGAUGAGACCUAUGGUGAAAUGUCAGGAACACACAGUGUGACAGAAUCUUGUGGGAAAUCAUCUGAGGUCGUGACGAGCAGUUCUCUGGUUUGUGCUUGGACUCCUCUUAAGAUCCUGAAUGAUGAUUCUGAUGAAUUGUUUCCCUUUACUACCAUAAGCUCUUUCUCCCACACUGACAGUGUGCAGAAUGAUGGUGAACAUGAAUGUGCUGAUUUUUCAGAAGAAGUGGCUCAGAGAAAUGCUGACCUGCAUUACAGAGUAGAUGUUAGAGAUCCAGCCCAAGAGAACAUUGUUAACAAUGUAUUGCCAUCAACCAAAGUGCCAGAAUCAAUGACUGUUGGUAAGUAUGUAUUGAAUCAGAUACUGAAGAUUUGAGUUUUUCUAGGUUUGAUUUAUGCAAGUGCUCUGUUUAGAUGAGCUUUGGCCAACUUUGAUCAUAUUUACUAUCCUUCUAUAAUCUUCAUA